AUGUCAAUACCUCUUGCGAGGGUCACCUGUCAUGAAGUGCGCCUUGCGCCGUCACGGAUAUGCCGUCGGGCAGUCCUGAACAUUAGACAUAACUCAAGCACAGCGGUCUCCGAGGCAGAACAGCAGAGCUUGUCCUGGCCAGAAUAUUUAAAGAUUCGCAAAAGUAAACGAAAAUGGGAAACUGCUGCUACUAUUCCGGCAUGUAUUCUCGGGUUUGCGGGAGGAAUUGCGUACUUUGGUUCACUGGAGUCAGACGCGACGAAGCCUAUCAUGGGGAUAGAUCCGUUAUUAUUCUACGGCAGUUGUACGGUCUCAUGCAUGGGGCUUGGAUAUCUCAUUGGCCCCGCUAUCGGGGCUGCAGGUUGGAGAAUGACUCACCGGCGCACAAUGAACCUCAUAGAAGCCAAAGACCGCGAAUUUCACCGACACAUAGUGAAGAAUCGCGUAGAUCCCACAGCUCAAAGUGCCACGAACCCUGUGCCAGAUUUCUAUGGAGAAAAGAUUGGAUCUCUUCACCAAUAUCGACAGUGGUUGCGUGACCAAGCUAGGUUUAGACGUAAAGCACAGUUUGCGGAGGAAUGA